AUGCUGAACGAAAAAUGGAAUAUUUGCUAUUACGCAAAUUUAACAAAUUUUAUGUCAGCUUUCCUUGUAUGUGCGGUUUCUUUAUUUACACUCGCCGCAUUAAGCGUGGACAGACUUCUGGCUCUUGUGCUUGGAGUUAGAUACAGACAAGUUGUAACUUUGAGGAGAACAAAUUUAUUUGUAGCUGCUAUGUGGAUUUUGUCCAUAGUCUUUGCAUUAUGCUCAUUAAUCUACUUUUGGAAUCCUCAGAGUCAUGUUCCAUCACGGCUCUAUGGCACACUAAUCCUUGUAUGUCUUUCAAUCUCUUUUUUUUUCAUACACAAAAAUCUUUAUCACUUUAAUUUUCGCCAUAACCACAUAAGGCAACCGAGCCAAGCCGUUACCCUAAACACAGCUCGAUCCAGAAAGGCAGUGUACAGUACACUGUGGGUGCAGUUAGCAUUGGUUGCUUGCCGCUCUGCCGUUCUUUAUUACCGCCAUAGUAAUGGCAUCUCAAAGAGGAAGAAGAGCGUCUUCUUCGGUUUGGCUUCCUUCGCAAUUUGCGGUUACUUUGGUUUAUCUUAA